AUGAUCCUCCGGGCCCUCACUUUCUGUACACUAGCGCUUAGCGCCUUCACAGCCACCCCACCCCAAGCCGCCUCCACGCUCCUUUCCGCCUCCGAAUUCCAAGCCCUUACAGCCUCCGAAUCCGAGUCACUCCUCUCCCUCCACCGCCACCUUAUAGAAGUCGAAUCGAUAAGCGGUAAUGAAAAGAAAGUCGGCGACUGGCUCUCUUCCUACCUACAGUCGCACAGCUGGACGGUCGAGCGACAAGAAGUCUCACCCGGCCGGUACAACCUGCUUGCCUACGGCUCCAAACGAGAAACCACCAUCCUCCUGACUUCGCACAUCGAUGUGGUGCCGCCUUAUUGGCCCUAUUACUACAACGAGACGAGCGGCGUGAUUGGGGGCCGCGGCAGCGUGGAUGCAAAAGGAAGUGUUGCGCCGAUCAUUAUAGCUGCAGAGGGCAUACGAAAGCAUUUGUACGAUGACAUUUCGCUGCUAUUUGUCGUCGGCGAGGAAACAGGUGGUGAUGGCAUGCGCGCAUUCAGCGACUGGUCCAAACGACCCUCAUCUCACGAAAUCGUCAUCUUCGGGGAGCCGACAGAAGCUAAGCUAGUGUGUGGACACAAGGGCAUGUUAGGUUUCGAAGUCAAGGCUACAGGAAAAGCAGCGCACUCCGGGUACCCGUGGUUAGGCGUGAGCGCAAACGAUAUCCUAGUCGAGGCACUAGGUGAACUGCUCAAGCUACGACAACAUCUCCCCUGGAGCGAAAAGUACGGAAACACGACUAUGAAUUUCGGGCGCGUCCAGGGCGGUGUCGCCGCAAACGUGGUUGCCGAAACCGCAGCUGCGAACAUCGCGACGCGACUUGCGGCCGGCACGCCCAAGCUCGUUCGCGAACAAAUCGUCGACACGCUUCAAGGCGUUAAAGCAGCGGCGCAAGAGCAAGGCGGCGAUCUAGACAUCAUCUGGGGCAACGAGGGCUACGGCGUCGUAGACAUCGAUUGCGAUGUCGAUGGCUUCGACACUCUCACGGUGAAUUACGGUACCGACGUGCCGUUUCUCUCCGGCGACCACAAGAGAUAUCUAUACGGUCCCGGUUCUAUCUUCGUCGCGCAUUCAGAUCACGAAGCGCUGAAGCGCAAGGAGCUCGAGCAAGCUGUGCUUGAUUACCGUCGGUUGAUCAUCAAGGCUAGCGAGAUGCGUGGCGAUGCUAGUGCUCAGGAUCAAAUCGAAUUGUAG